CACCUUUUCAAUUGGAAGCGAUCUGCCAAUACAAAUUUUAACAAGAAGAAGAAGAAGACGGACCAGGAGGGGAUUGUGAGACGAAAAACCCGGCGGGGAGAAACGGUGUGACAUCAUUGGCAGCCUCAUCUUGGAUCUAGCAUGGCCUUCAGCAAAGGAUAUCGCAUCUACCACAAGUUGGACCCGCCCCCGUACAGCGUCAUCGUGGAAACCAGGAACAGAGACGAAUGCCUCAUGUUCGAGUCGGGCGCCGUCGCCGUGCUAUCGGCUGCAGAGAAGGAGGCCAUUAAGAACACCUACACCAAGAUGAUGGACGCCUAUGGGAUUCUGGGAGUCCUACGCCUCAACCUGGGUGAUUCCAUGCUCCACAGCUUGGUAGUAGCAGCAGGCUGUAGCUCCGUAGGGAAGGUGCAAGACUCUGAGGUGUUCCGGGUCACGUCUACAGAGUUUGUUUCUCUGAAGAACGACCCGAGUGACGAGGACCGCAUCGCUGACGUCAGGAAAGUCCUGAACUCUGGGAAUUUUUAUUUCGCUUGGUCCUCUAGCGGCAUCAGCAUGGACCUCAGCCUCAAUGCUCACCGCCGGAUCAAAGAGGACACGACAGACAACCGCUUCUUCUGGAACCAGUCCCUUCAUCUUCACCUAAAGCACUACGGUGUGAACUGUGAUGACUGGUUGUUGAGGUUGAUGUGCGGCGGGGUGGAGAUCAGGACGAUCUACGCAGGUCACAAACAGGCCAAGGCCUGCGUCAUCUCCCGCCUCAGCUCAGAGAGGGCCGGGACGCGCUUCAACGUCCGAGGGGCCAACGAUGACGGACAGGUGGCCAACUUCGUAGAGACUGAACAGGUGAUCUUCCUGGAUGACCAGGUGUCUUCCUUCAUCCAGAUCCGUGGUUCCAUCCCUCUGUUCUGGGAGCAACCAGGAAUACAGGUGGGCUCUCAUCGCGUCAAGCUCUCCAGAGGGUACGAGGCCAACGCACCGGCUUUUGAGAGACACUUCAGUGCUCUGAGGAGGCUGUAUGGGAAACAGGUGAUCAUCAACCUGCUCGGCAUGAAGGAGGGAGAACACAUGCUCAGCAAAGCAUUCCAGAGUCACCUGAAGGCGUCCGAACACGCCGGAGCUGUGAAGAUGAUUAACUUCGACUACCAUCAGAUGGUGAAAGGCGGCAAAGCUGACAAACUCCACAGUGUCCUCAAACCUCAGCUCAACAAGUUUCUGGAUGCCUGCAGCUUCUUCUGCUACUCUGGAGAGAAGGGGGUUACCAAGUCUCAGAGUGGUACCCUCAGGACCAACUGUCUAGACUGUCUAGACAGAACCAACAGUGUCCAGGCCUACUUCGCUUUGGAGAUGUUACCUAAACAGCUAGAGGACAUGGGUCUGACAGAGAAGCCCCAGCUGGUAGCCAGGUUUCAGGAAGUGUUCAGGUCCAUGUGGACGGUUAACGGAGACUCUGUCAGCAAGAUCUACGCUGGGACUGGAGCCCUGGAUGGAAAGGCUAAGGGGGGUAAGUUGAAGGACGGUGCUCGCUCUGUGACCAGAACCAUCCAGAAUAACUUCUUUGACAGUUCAAAGCAGGAGGCCAUUGACAUCCUCCGACUGGGCUCAACACUGAACAGUGACCUGGCAGACAAGGCCCGGGCCCUGCUCACCACGUCUAGUCUUUACGUCACUGAGCCUAUCUUACAAUCAGCCUCUCCCAGAGUUCUACUGGGAAUGUGUCAGAACCACCAGAAAUACACCCGUCCCAAACAGAUCAGGGUGUCAGUGGGUACGUGGAACGUCAACGGGGGAAAACAGUUCCGCAGCAUCGCCUUCCGCAACCAGACCCUCAACGAUUGGCUGCUGGACGCUCCGAUGAAGGCCGGGCUCCCAGACUUCCAGGGUGAGGAACUUUCAAGCCAACCACCAGAUAUCUUUGCCAUCGGCUUUGAGGAGAUGGUGGAGUUGAAUGCUGGCAACAUCGUCAGUGCCAGUACGACCAAUCAGAAGCUGUGGGCUGCAGAGCUGCAGAAGAACAUAUCCCGUGAUCAUAAAUACGUCCUGCUGGCAUCAGAGCAGCUAGUGGGAGUCUGUCUGUUUGUCUUCAUACGCCCUCACCACGCCCCCUACAUCAGGGACGUUGCCGUGGAUACCGUGAAGACGGGGAUGGGCGGAGCCACAGGUAACAAAGGGGGAGUGGCCAUCCGCAUGCUGUUCCAUACGACCAGUAUCUGUUUCGUCUGCUCCCACUUCGCUGCCGGCCAAUCACAGGUCAAGGAGAGGAACGACGACUACAACGAGAUCACACGCAAACUCACCUUCCCCAUGGGUAGACUGCUCUACUCCCACGACUACAUCUUCUGGUGCGGGGACUUUAACUACCGCAUCAGUCAGCCCAACGAGGAAGUGAAGGAGUUAAUCAGACAACAGAACUGGGAAGCCCUGACCGCCGGGGACCAGCUGGUGGACCAGAAGAACCAGGGACUGGUGUUCCGGGGGUUCAUCGAGGGCAAUUUGGACUUUGCUCCCACCUAUAAGUACGACCUGUUCUCUGACGACUAUGACACCAGUGAGAAGUGUCGUACCCCCGCCUGGACCGACCGCUGCCUAUGGAAGAGGAGGAAGUGGAACUUCGACAAGACUGCGGAGGAGAUGAACAUGGUCGGCCCAGUGGGAGAAGCAGAGGAACAGCAGCAGUACCCCUGGAGCCCUGGGGAGCUGAAAUACUACGGGAGGGCUGAGCUCAAGACCUCUGAUCACAGGCCUGUGAUGGCAGUGAUGGAUAUAGAUGUCCUGGAGGUGGAUCCAGAUGCCCGUCACCAGGUGUAUAAGGAGGUGAUCGCCCUGCAGGGUCCUCCCGACGGAACCAUCCUGGUCUCGCUCUGUUCCUCCGGACCUGACGACUACUUUGACGACGCGCUCAUCGACGAGCUGCUGGACAAGUUCGCUGUGUUUGGAGAGGUCAUCCUCAUCAGGUUUGUAGAGGAGAAGAUGUGGGUGACGUUUCUAGAGGGUUAUUCUGCUCUGGCUGCCCUGUCUCUGAGCGCCUCCACGGUUCUGGGUAAGGUGAUAGACAUCCGUCUGAAGAGUUCAGGUUGGAUUAAGAGUCUGGAGGAGGAGAUGAGUGUAGAGAGGAUCUGUGGAUCUGUCCCUACUUCCGCCAGCUCCUCUCUGCUGGCCGAGGACGCUGAUAUGGGAGAGGAUGACUACGAUAUGGAGGGCGAUGUGGAUGAGGAGGUGGAGGAUAUUCUCCCCCAACACCUUCAGCCCGGCGCAGGCCCUGGGCCCCUCUCCUCCCCCUCCCUCUCCCCAAGGGGCAGCCCUUCUCACUCCCCCACCCACGGAGAACCAGCUGCCCCCAGCAGACCCAGCCGAUCUGCACCACGCUCUGCUGGACCACCGCAAGGGACUCCAGUGGACUUCCAGCCUGGUGCUCCUCAGGCCCUGGAGCCUAAACGCCCCCCUCCUCCUCGCCCCAACGCCCCCCCAGCCCGACCUGCUCCUCCUCAACGCCCUCCUCCUCCAUCAGGAGGCCUAAGCCCCAUGCCCGGGAGAAGAGACCUGGGAGGACAAAAAAGCCCUGCGCUCGCUAGACCUGCCUCAGCGAUGGCCAGAAGGGGCAGCGAAGGUCGUGUCCAAUCAGGUCCUGGAGGCCUGCCCAGACCGAACAUGCCUCAGAGGGCUGGGGUGAUCAGUGUGACCCCCCAGGCGCGUCCUGCCCACCCAGGUGCUCCCAGACCCACCCCAGAGGCACCGGGGGCUCCACGGCCCACCCCAGACACUCACCCUGGAGCUCCCAGACCUGGCCCUGACGCCCAGCCUAAACCCACCGACCUGCCCCUGGGCCCCCCUCCUUCCGGACCCCCUCCAGUGAGACAUGUCCCCUCCCCAAUGCAGCCCCAGUCUGCCCCUCCAGCCCAGCCUCCCAUGCAGGCUCCCAUGCAGGCCCAGUCUGCCCCUCCAGCCCAGCCUCCCAUGCAGGCUCCCAUGCAGCCUCCCAUGCAGGCCCAGUCUGCCCCUCCAGCCCAGCCUCCCAUGCAGCCUCCCAUGCAGGCUCCCAUGCAACCAACCAUGCAACCAACCAUGGCUGCCCCAAUGCAGCCAACCAUGCAGGCUCCCAUGCAGCCCCAGUCUGCCCCUCCAGCCCAGCCACCCAUGCAGGCUCCCAUGCAGCCCCAAAUGGCUGCUCCAAUGCUGCCCACACAGGCCGGAGCAGGGCUAGGGGCUACCGGGGUUGUGGCCCCCCAGGGGCUGUCCUCCCCCAAGCCCCCUCCCCGCUCCCGUUCCUCUCAUGUCCUGCCCCCUGAGACCACCACUACAGAGAAUGCCCCUGCAACCCAGAUCAAUGGGGUGAAUGGAAUCCAAAGAGAAGCACAAUGGAAGCCCGAACCCUUUGACACACUCACCUCUGACCUCUCCGCCUCUUGGCUCAACACCCAAUCACUGACCAGGAACUCCUCCUUAUACUCAGCUCCUACCCUCCCUUCAUCCCUCCACUCCACCCCUCUGUCCACCCCGCAGGCCUUCGACAACUCCUCUUCCUCCACCCUCCCCCCUUCCCUCACCCGGUCUCUCCUCCCCCCUCCCCCGGUCCCAUCUCGAAGUAGGUCCCAGGAGGCCCUGCAGCGGGGCUCUCCCAACCCCUUCCUGAGUGAUCCGGUCCCAGCCCGUCCCAACAGCACCAACCCCUUCACUGGUCCUCUGGUGCCGCAGGGUCAGAGGCGCUCCCUGACACCUGACUUCCUUGCCCAGCAGAAGGCCUCAAGGCCUGGUCUCGACAGGACCAUGUCUGCCUUCACCCAGCCCCUCGCCCCUACCCCAGCCUCACUUCUCUCCCCUACCCCAGCCCCGUUCCCAGCUUUUGCUCCCAACAUGACGCCAGGGGCACCUGCACCCCCUCCAUCGCUCCACCGGACAAUGUCCCUGCUUGGCCCAUCGACGACCCCCCUCAUCCCUGCUCCAGCGCUCCCUCUCCUGACUGCUCCCUCUCUCCCUCCCCCUAUGCUCCCCCUGGCUCUUCCGCUCUCUCGCCCUCUUCUUCCAGCCCCUCCCCCUCCUCCCCCUCGGGCCCAGCUGUGGGUGACCUUCGAUGAUGAUUCAGUCCUCCCCGUCCCAGCCAAGGCUCCACCAGCAGCCCCAACUGCUUCCACCUCCCCCCCAUCUCUCACCCAGACUCAGUUUUCCUGCUCUGGUUUCGACUCUGACCCACACUGGGCCACUGGCUCCACAACCUUGACCUCCACAUUAAUCUCCCGGCCCCCUCCGAUCCCAGCCAGGGUGGUCCCAGGCAGCAGCCAGCCCCCGCUCCCAGCCCGAGCCACAAACAACCUCCCUUUCCCCAAGGACUUCUCUGAGAGAUAG